GGCGGCCCCGGGGCGCGGAGCGGGUGCCCGGCGCGGGGAGCGGCGAGCGCAGCCAUGCCCCAGGCCGCCUGCGGGGCAGCAGCAGCGGCGGCCGAGGCCGGGGCGCGGGCCGGGAGCGCCGGGGGGCCGGCGGUGGCCCGGGCGGGACGAUGAAGCGGCAGAACGUGCGCACGCUGGCGCUCAUCGUGUGCACCUUCACCUACCUGCUGGUGGGCGCCGCGGUCUUCGACGCGCUCGAGUCGGAGCCCGAGAUGGUCGAGCGGCAGAGGCUGGAGCUGCGGCAGCAGGAGCUGCGGGCGCGCUACAACCUCAGCCAGGGCGGCUACGAGGAGCUCGAGCGCGUCGUGCUGAGCCUCAAGCCGCACAAGGCCGGCGUGCAGUGGCGCUUCGCCGGCUCCUUCUACUUCGCCAUCACCGUCAUCACCACCAUCGGCUACGGCCACGCAGCGCCCAGCACGGAUGGCGGCAAGGUGUUCUGCAUGUUCUACGCGCUGCUGGGCAUCCCGCUCACACUGGUCAUGUUCCAGAGCCUGGGCGAGCGCAUCAACACCUUUGUGAAGUACCUGCUGCACCGCGCCAAGAGGGGACUGGGCAUGCGGCGCGCCGACGUGUCCAUGGCCAACAUGGUGUUCAUUGGCUUCUUCUCGUGCAUCAGCACGCUGUGCAUCGGCGCCGCCGCCUUCUCCUACUACGAGCACUGGACCUUCUUCCAGGCCUACUACUACUGCUUCAUCACGCUCACCACCAUCGGCUUCGGCGACUACGUGGCGCUGCAGAAGGACCAAGCGUUGCAGACGCAGCCGCAGUACGUCGCCUUCAGCUUCGUCUACAUCCUCACGGGUCUCACGGUCAUCGGCGCCUUCCUCAACCUCGUGGUGCUGCGCUUCAUGACCAUGAACGCCGAGGACGAGAAGCGCGACGCCGAGCACCGCGCGCUGCUCACCCGCAACGGGCAGGCGGGCGGGAGCGGCGGCGGGGGCGGUGCGGGCGCGGACGGCAGUGCGCACACCACCGAGACCGCAUCGUCCACGGCCGCGGCAGGCGGCGGCGGUGGUUUCCGAAAUGUCUACGCAGAGGUGCUGCACUUCCAGUCCAUGUGCUCGUGCCUCUGGUACAAGAGCCGCGAGAAGCUGCAGUACUCCAUCCCCAUGAUCAUCCCGCGGGACCUCUCCACGUCCGACACCUGCGUCGAGCAGAGCCACUCGUCGCCGGGAGGGGGCGGCCGCUACAGCGACACGCCCUCGCACCGUUGCCUGUGCAGUGGGGCGCAGCGUUCCGCCAUCAGCUCCGUGUCCACAGGCCUGCACAGCCUGUCCACCUUCCGCGGCCUCAUGAAGCGCAGGAGUUCCGUGUGAACGCCCCGCGGGGCCUGGCGCUUCUGGGAACGCGGGCCAGGCGCGGUUCCUGCUCUCAGGAGCAGCAGGGGUGGCCAGGGGCCGCCUAGCCGCCUUCAGCCCGUGGGGCACCCUACACACCCCUCACCACCCUCCCCACAUCCCCUCUCCCCCAUCUCUCCAACUGUGCCUCCUCGCACCAGCCAGCAGGAGCUGGGGCUCUGAGGACCCCUGGAGCCCCUAUCUGCGCCCUGCAAAUUCCGAGAAAUGUGAAACUUGGGGGGAGGGGAGGGGAAGGCAGAAGCUGGGAGCCUCGCAUCCCUGUGGAAAUCUAAGGAGCUCCCCAGUUCUCAGAGGCCCUGCUGGUACCCAAGACUCCCCCACCCCCACCUCCUCCAGCCGGAGGGGACUUCCUGUGUUCCGUGUACGUUUGCAUCUCUAUUUAUACCUCUGUCCUGCCAGGUCUCCCGCCUUCCCUUGGCUCCAAAAGCCAGGGUGUCUUUGUCCAGGUCGCCCCUACUCAGUCCACUCCCCUUCCUUGUCCCUCGUUGUGUCUCCCAAGCUCCCACGACCUUCUGUGUUGUUUUGCAUGGCUUUGCAGUUAUGGAGAAAGUGGAAACCCAGCAGUCCCUAAAGCUAGAUCCCAGAGGGCAGGCAGGCAGAAGCAAGGACAAGCAGGCUCCAGGAGGGGCAGGGGAGGGAGGGGAGAGGCAACAGCCCUCCCCUCUGCAGGGUGGUCCCGCUGGCAGGUGAGAAUUAAGUGGCCUCCAGUCAGAUUCUCAAAGGGGGCGGGGCUGGGGGUGUCCAGCCUUCCAGACCCUCCCCUUGGAUCAGACAGAAACCGUCCUACUUGCCACCGUGGCCACUUCUCGCCAUUGCCAGCUCCGAUGUCUGUGGAAUGAGUCUCAGCCUCUGAAAACCUUAUCCUGACUCCUCAUCAUCUGAGUCUCACACACUCCAGUUACAUCACCAGGGCAGGAGUUCUCAUCCCCCUUUUACAGAUGACAAUGAGACCUAGACAGGCUUUGUGAUGUGCCCAAGGUGACACAGACAGCAAAAGGCAAAGGGGAACAAGAACCCAGGCUGCUUGGCCCCAGGCUGAGCGCUCUUCCCUUCCGACUCCUCUGCCUGCUAUUGAAGGCAAAGCUUCUGCCCUGUACACGUGUCGUGUGGGCAUCUGGGGCCUAAAACAGGGCCCAGAACCCAGGAUAGAGCCAGUAGUGGGGCUCAGCCUCUGCUCUAUGUGGCCAGGGGCCAGGGCUCGGAAUGGGCCCCUGAGGCAAGCAAGGACCCCUUAGACUGCCCAGUUAUAAGCAAGGAAGCCCUUGGGACCAAAGCAAGCAGGGAUGGGUCUCAUGGAGAAAGGUCCAGGAGCUGGGGCUCUAAAAGCUUGGGUUUGGAUAGAGCAGCCUACAGACCUAGCAGACCCAUCCCAGUGGGACCUUACCCCUGACCCCACAGCCAGUGCUGGUGCCUCUGUCCCAAGGGGCUAGAAAUAAGCUAAGACUACACCAAAGAAUGCCCCUCCCAGGUGGAGGAUUUAGAGUCGGUGUGCCCGCUGCCUACCCCACCUGCAACCCAGAAGCCCAGACGGAGAGCAGCAGAUGGGGGCCCGCAGCUGGAGCCAGUGCUGUGACUUAGGAUGGCAUCAAGGGGUGAGUGAGGGGCUUCUCCCCGCUCAGACUGCCCUAGUGCUGUUCCCGUGUCAGCUCCUUAACACUGCUGAGCAAGGCCAACCCUGGCCUUCAGGAAAGCUGGAGUAGGGGACCCAUAGCGUGACCAGCCUUAGCCCAGCCCCGGCCAUGUGCUCAGCCUCUGGGAACCCCUGGGAGGGAAGAAGCCAGGCCUGGCCUGUGUGUGAGUCCUGUCUCGGUGUGGAGGGGCUGGCUGUCCACGUGCCAAGGAGAGCAGGGCCCAGGAGCCGGGGGCGCCCUCUGUGUCUAUGUCGGAGUGGGGAGCAGUGCUGGCUGCCUCUGUCCUGUAUGUGACCCUGCCCUCGAGGGGUCCCGUCCCGUCAGUCCCGAGGGAGCCACAACCAAAGUUGCAGGGAGAUGGUGGGGAAGGAGGCUGAAUGGCCUGGGCUGGGCGUGGCAGACCUCUUGGUCUCUGGUCUCCUCCGGCCAGGCCUUUCCCAGGCCACUGGAAGGCCAGUGUUGCUUCCCCUCCCCCUCCCGCUGCAGGCAGCCUUUCUGCUUCCCCAAUGCCUUAUGCCUGGGCACACUGCCACAGAAUAUGCAAUACGUGUGGGUGACAUGCCCCCACGCCCACACCCCUACCCCGGGCAGCCCCUGGACCCCAAAGGCUGCGGCUGCCACGGCCUCCUUUGAGCCCCUCCUGCCUAUCUGUCUU